GGAGACACCAAAACACCAGCAGCUUUCCUCAGUAGGCUCAUGACACAGAAUGCGUCGACUACAACGGCUUCUCCUUCAACUGCAGGAACUGUUGUUCUGACAUCAGCAGCAACUCCGUCAGUAAUACCUGGAUCAGCUGUAGUUCAGACCUUGAUGGUCUUUAACUUCUCCUCUCUUGUUCCAACUGAGAAUAUGGUCAUCAAUGCAACUCAAUCUCUACUGAGUGCUCGACUCUCAAAUCUUACUGAUGCUGUUACAGUGCUGAACUUCACCUAUGCAAAAAUUUCAGACACGACCUUUGCAGUCAACUUCACGUUUCUCAUCAGUAACAUCAGCAUUCCAGUGAACACCUCCCUCACCAAUGACACCUACACAGAAGUGCAGAGGAUCGUCAAUAAGAAUCUCAACACUUUGCUCAAUAACCCUGAUGCAGCCUCAUUUGAACCCAAGAACUCUUUCUUCGUGAGCUCAGGAAACCAGGUUAAUGGUAGCAUGGAGUACCACUUCCAAGAUGGAGACACCAAAACACCAGCAGCUUUCCUCAGUAGGCUCAUGACACAGAAUGCGUCGACUACAACGGCUUCUCCUUCAACUGCAGGAACUGUUGUUCUGACAUCAGCAGCAACUCCGUCAGUAAUACCUGGAUCAGCUGUAGUUCAGACCUUGAUGGUCUAUAACUUCUCCUCUCUUGUUCCAACUGAGAAUAUGGUCAUCAAUGCAACUCAAUCUCUACUGAGUGCUCGACUCUCAAAUCUUACUGAUGCUGUUACAGUGCUGAACUUCACCUAUGCAAAAAUUUCAGACACGACCUUUGCAGUCAACUUCACGUUUCUCAUCAGUAACAUCAGCAUUCCAGUGAACACCUCCCUCACCAAUGACACCUACAAAGAGGUGCAGAGGAUCGUCAAUAAGAAUCUCAACACUUUGCUCAAUAACCCUGAUGCAGCCUCAUUUGAACCCAAGAACUCUUUCUUCGUGAGCUCAGGAAACCAGGUUAAUGGUAGCAUGGAGUACCACUUCCAAGAUGGAGACACCAAAACACCAGCAGCUUUCCUCAGUAGGCUCAUGACACAGAAUGCGUCGACUACAACGGCUUCUCCUUCAACUGCAGGAACUGUUGUUCUGACAUCAGCAGCAACUCCGUCAGUAAUACCUGGAUCAGCUGUAGUUCAGACCUUGAUGGUCUUUAACUUCUCCUCUCUUGUUCCAACUGAGAAUAUGGUCAUCAAUGCAACUCAAUCUCUACUGAGUGCUCGACUCUCAAAUCUUACUGAUGCUGUUACAGUGCUGAACUUCACCUAUGCAAAAAUUUCAGACACGACCUUUGCAGUCAACUUCACGUUUCUCAUCAGUAACAUCAGCAUUCCAGUGAACACCUCCCUCACCAAUGACACCUACACAGAAGUGCAGAGGAUCGUCAAUAAGAAUCUCAACACUUUGCUCAAUAACCCUGAUGCAGCCUCAUUUGAACCCAAGAACUCUUUCUUCGUAAGUUCAAAGCUUUAUCCUUUUCUCCUCUGA